CUGCGCCGGCGCACGCGGACACAAAGGGCCCGGUGAGCGCGCGCCCCCUGCCCCUCCGCCCCCCCAGGCGCGCGCGGAUGCCGUUACGCGCCCGCUGCGCUUCCCUGGUCGCGCUCCACGCCACCGCCGCCGCCCCGCUCUCCCAUGGCGCUGAAGCGGAUACAGAAAGAACUAAGUGAUCUGCAGCGAGACCCACCGGCUCACUGUUCUGCGGGACCUGUUGGAGAUGACUUGUUUCAUUGGCAAGCGACAAUUAUGGGACCUCCUGAUAGUGCAUAUCAAGGGGGAGUAUUUUUUCUCACAGUACACUUUCCAACAGACUAUCCUUUCAAACCACCAAAGAUUGCUUUUACAACAAAAAUAUAUCACCCAAACAUAAACAGUAAUGGGAGUAUUUGUCUUGAUAUCUUGAGAUCGCAAUGGUCACCAGCUCUGACUGUAUCUAAAGUUUUAUUGUCCAUAUGCUCCUUACUAUGUGAUCCUAACCCAGAUGAUCCUUUAGUACCGGAUAUUGCACAGAUCUACAAGUCAGACAAGGAAAAAUACAACAGACAUGCAAGAGAAUGGACUCAGAAAUAUGCAAUGUAAACUUGUGGAGACUUUUUCAUAUGCCACAGAGUACUGUAAAUUCUAGUUUUUUUCAAAAUUAGAAGGAAAUGGAGCACAGUUUACCGUUUCAAUGUGUCAUGAUGCCCUUCAAUUUUUUUUCACCGGUCUAAGUGUGUUUCUGGAGCAAGGGAGAACAAACUUCCAAAAAUAACCUUAUGACUGUGAUAAAAAUAUUUAUCCUCUUUGUGUGCUUUGCAGAAGACAUUUAUUAUGGUUUUUAAGAGUUCAACAUCUGCAUCUUCAGACCGAGAUCCAUAAUACAGUUGUAAAGCAACCAAAAUAUUUUUGCUGGAAAAAGUAGCUCUUUUUUUGUGAUGAAUACUGUAUGUGUGUCCUUCAAGUAUGUUUCAUACGUGUGAUCAAAUUUCAUUUUGUUAGAUUACUUACGUAAUUUGUUUUUUUGGUUUUUUUUACUGUAUAGACUAAGUAUUUUAUUUACCAUGUAAGUCAUUUAAUUUUAGACUUGCUUGUGCGCAGUAUUGAUGAGAUACAACUGCUGGUAAUGAAAAUAAUGGGAGUACCCCACCUAUUAGGAAAUUCUCAAGACUGACUGCAGAUUUCUUAAAACCUGAAAACUUCCUUGCACUGUAAUUCUUUGUACGCUGAUUAUAGGGAAACACUUGGGUUUGAUUCUGUUGCAUACUUGACUUUAUUUUAUUGCAAUGUGAACUAAUUGCACUGCUGUGUAGAAAGAUAUGUAACCGUUUUGUUGCUAUUCACAACUGAUUUUUGACGUGUGGGCAACAUAACACUAUCACAGACCUUUUACAAAUCUAAAUGUAGCCUUUUCCAUAUAAAUAAAAUGCAUUUUCUACUACUUGUCUUGGCUACUUUUUAAAAAAUAUGCAUACCCUUAAAGUGCUUGCCUCUAACAUUAGAGAAUCCAAAUAUUAAGCAUGCGUCUUGUAGGCAAAAGGGAAAAUGAAACCAUGCAUCACUACUUGGAGCUGUGUUGCAAUUAAUUUUAAUGCUAGCAUUAGCCUAAUUUAUUUAGCAUGUGAUGCCUGUGUGUUCUAUAUGAUUUCAACUAUUUGUAUGACCUACUUCAUCUAUAUUCCUUUAUGGAGGAAUUACCACAGGACUUUGAACACCAGAUACCUCAGCUGAGGUGGUGCAUUUGCAAUAUCAGAAUGCUGCAGUAAACUUCUUACGUGCAAGCUAACUUUUCCAUUAACUGGCACUUCAGUUACUUAACACUAUGCAUGUAGUGCUCGAGUGGCCGUCUUUCCUUAGGAAAUCAAUUAAAAGCAGAAAAUCUUUUAUUUCCUACAGUGUAUUCUUUGUGGGUAUCUGGAAAUAAAAAUGUAUGACUAAUCUUUUUCUCUCUACCUUGAACAUGAAAGAAAAGUGACUUGUAGUUAUGAAGUUUGUCUCCUCAUAAAAUACACUUUUAAGAUCACAAAAA